UAGUGCGGCUGCUGCUCCACUAGCUUCUGCCUGAGGACGCGCGCGUGCUCGGUGCCCGCGGGAGGUAGUGGGUCCCGCCGUGCCCCGGCGUCCGCCCCGUGGACCCGCGUGUCCUCGCGCGGCAGGCGGCGGCCCCUCCCCGGCGCGCGCCUCGGCCCCGCCGCGGAGCCUGCGCGGCGCGUGUGGGCGUCUGUCUGGGCCGCGCACCGGCGCCCGCUCUCUCACCCCUUCCGCAGCCGCCCAGAUAAGGACGCGCUGGGGCUGGCGGCCCGCGGACUCCCCGGGGACUCGGACGGACGCGGCGCCCUCCGAGCCUUUCGUGCGGCCGAGCCGGUGGCGCUUUGAAUUCUGCAUUGUUUGAUGAAGAUGUGUAACUGUGAGCUUUGAACAGUAAUGCUGUAGAAGGAUAAUUCCUCUCAGAAGUCCAGAAGUCCACAUGACCCUUUACGACCUAGACGAAACAGCCCCCUUUUCACACACCCAAAUAGUUGGGGUGCUCAUUCCGCAAGCCUACACGGGGCCCCGUGUUCUACAUCUCCACUUACCUGUCCUCACAUCUGAAGAACUGUAGUUAUUUUGACCCCUGUUUUUACAUCAGGUCCACAACAAAUGAACAAAAACGAACAUUUAAAGGUCAAUAAAAAUACGAGCCACCAAGAUAAGUCAGUGACCGAGUGGCUAAGGGGUAGCCGUGUGGCAGGUGUGAUUCGGGCAGCAUCCCCUUGUGUGUGUGUGUCUCCUCUGCUGAUAGCAUCACAGAAGAAGCAGAAGAGACACUGAGAAGUUCUGGUGGUUUCCAGAGAGUUAAGCUCCAGACAGCUUAACCAGAACCCAAAACGAUCGCAUCGCAAGUGACGAUGGAGGUCUGGAAGAUGACACACAACGCAGUUGCCUUUGCUCUGGCGGCAGACUAGCGGGAGGAAAAGUAUGACACAAAUUUGAUGUCGGUGUCUGCUUCCCCAAGGUCAAGAAAUUAUCUCCUUAGAAGGCAACAGUACUAUGCAUGUUAUGAAUUGUGUCUCCUUGGUCAGUGAUAAAGGAAAUGGGAAUAUUGCCACGACAGCUGGAUUCAUGAUUGGGCAGACGCCGCCACCGCCACCUCCUCCUCCGCCCCCUCCACCUCCACCAUGCCCAUACUCAGGGGAAGGGUUUCCUCCCUCUCCUCCCCCUCCCCCUCCCCCUCCACUGCCUGGGGGGCCUCCGGUCCCCCCUCCCGCCCCAGGACUACCCCCAACCUCUCACCUGAACGGCUACAGCCACCUCGGUAAGAAAAAGCGGAUCAGAAGCUUUUUCUGGAAAACCAUUCCAGAGGAGCAAGUUCGUGGCAAAACCAACAUCUGGACCUUGGCAGCCAGGCAGCAGCAUCACUACCAAAUUGAUACAAAGAGCAUCGAGGAGCUGUUUGGGCAGCAAGAAAACACCACCAUCUCUUCCCCUUCUGGGAGAGGAGGGCCUUUAAAUUCGUCCUUCAGGGAGGGCAGAGAAGAGAUUACUAUCUUGGAUGCAAAACGGAGCAUGAACAUUGGGAUCUUUCUAAAGCAGUUUAAGAAGUCUCCUCUGUCCAUUGUGGAAGAUAUUCAUCAAGGAAAGAGUGAGCAUUAUGGAUCGGAGACAUUACGCGAAUUUCUUAAGCUUUUGCCAGAGUCAGAGGAGAUAAAGAAACUAAAGGCAUUUAGUGGAGACGUGGCCAAGCUGUCCCUAGCAGACUCCUUUCUGCACUGCUUAAUUCAGGUGCCAAACUAUUCACUGCGGAUUGAAGCCAUGGUGCUAAAGAAAGAAUUUUUGCCUUCUUGUUCUUCUCUAUACACAGAUAUAACCAUUCUAAGAACCGCUACAAAAGAGCUGAUGUCAUGUGAGGAACUACAUUCGAUAUUACACUUGGUGCUGCAAGCAGGGAAUAUCAUGAAUGCAGGAGGGUAUGCUGGCAAUGCAGUAGGAUUUAAACUAUCUUCUUUGCUCAAAUUGGCAGACACAAAAGCAAAUAAACCUGGGAUGAAUCUCCUGCACUUUGUUGCACAGGAAGCCCAGAAGAAAGAUGCCCUGCUUCUAAACUUUUCUGAAAAAUUGCAUCAUGUUCAGGAGGCUGCUAGAUUAUCUCUGGAUAACACAGAGGCAGAGCUGCACUCACUCUUUGUCAGGACAAGAUCUCUAAAGGAGAACGUCCAGCGGGAUGGCGAGCUCUGUCAGCAGAUGGAAGAUUUCCUUCAGUUUGCCCUGAAAAAGCUGGCAGAGCUGGAGCGCUGGAAGCAAGAGCUCCAGGAUGAGGCCCACACCCUCAUCGACUUUUUCUGUGAAGACAAAGACACCGUGAAACUGGACGAGUGCCUUCAGAUAUUCAGAGACUUCUGUGUCAAAUUCAACAAAGCAGUGAAGGACAACCACGACCGCGAGGUGCAGGAGCUGAGGCGGCUGCAGCGGCUGAAGGAGCUGGAGCAGAAACGGCAUUCCUGGACGGCUGGGGAGCUUGGAUUCGGCCGGAGCAGCAGUGAAAAUGACGUGGAGCUGUUGACUAAGAGGGGCGUGGAGGACCUGCCCCCUUUCCUGCACUCCAGGCCCAUCAGCCUCUCCUACCGGCCCCCCAACACCCGCCGCUCCCGCCUCUCCCUGGGCAUCACCGCUGACCGGGAGCUGCUGACCUUCCUGGAGAGCUCCACUGGCAGCCCCGAGGAGCUCAAGUUCCACAGCUUGCCCCGGAGCUGCCCCCGGCAGGCCCCGGCCAGCAGAGCCCGGACGGAGCCUGGAGAACAGAGGGACCAGGGCUCCAGCCCAGCACACAGACCUCCGGCCUCGGAGGGCCAGGAGGAAGCCCCCCACCCCACCUCCGCUUGGCCGAGCCAGCUCCUGGCCCCGGGGCCUGAGGAACCCGCCUCCGCUUUACCCCGAGUUCGGGGCAAUGGGGUCAGCAUCCUCCGAAAGAGGAACAGCGAGCCCGUGGGCCUGGGUCCUGUGCGGUCCCCUCCACUCUCGCUGUUGGCUCUAGGGAUUAGGGAGCAUGAGCUGGUGACAGGUCUGGCCCAGUUCGACCUCCAGGCUGCCAAGGGCCCGGAGGAGCUGGCCCCGCUGACCGUGAAUGACUUCAGCCCAAUGGAGCUGGCGUCCGUGGGGGAUGAGAGCCCGCAGUCCCUGGGCGCCAGCAACAGUAGCCUGACGCCCGUGGGCAGAGGUGCCCAGGGGGGUCCCAUCCUGGCCCCAGGGGAUGGCAGCGCUGCCCCGGAUGAGCCCAUCAGCGCGGCUCCGGUAUCUGAGGGCAGCAGCGACCCCGAGAACCAAGAUCCUGGGCCUCUGUUCUACGUCUCGGACACCACCGACUGCUCGCUGACCCUGGACUCCUCGGAGGGAACCAACUCCAGACCCAAAGGGGCGGAUCCGGGGGAGGGGGGCGACGGAGAGGGCUCCGUGUCCUCCAGGGCCGGGGAGACGGGCGGCAGCCAGGUCUCCUCAAACCCCGCCCGCAACCAGCCUGCGGAGGCUGCCAUUGCCGCCUCCGCCUCUGGCGGCUCCGUCUCGGGGAAGAGCGAGCCGGGCUGCGAGGGAGGCCUGCCCACGGACAGGACGGCCAGAGGAAGGGAAGUGAUGGCCCCGAAGAGGAGCCCCCUCAAACAGGCGUCGGCGGGGGCGUCCAGGGCGGGGCCUGCCCGGCGGGGCGCGGGGGCGACAGGGCCGGUGCGGGCGCUGACUGGCUGGGAGAGCGAGAGCAUGCGCAAGGUCGUGCCCAUCUCGCGCGCCGGCCGCGCGCCCCCCGCGGGCAAGCGUCUCCCUCGCGAGGCCCCUGGCGGCGCUAACCCGCCGGCGCCGGUGUCGCGCCGCAGCUCGGUGCUGGGGCUCCCGAACGCGUCGCCCGGGAGGCCAUCGACGGCGGCCCGGCCCGGGAGGGAACCCCCAGCGCCGCCCAGGAGCUCCUUCAGGAAGCCCAGCGCCAAGCCCCUGCGCAAUGUCCCGCGGCAGAAGCCCGAGGAGAACAAGAUCUGCCGCUCCGGCUCCCAGGGCCCCGACGGCCCCGAGGAGCCGCCCCGCGCCUCGCCGGCCCCUAGCGCGCCCCGCGGCCCGGCCCCGGUCCCCAGCUUCGCCCGCAACACGGUCGCCUCCUCGUCUCGGUGUCAGAGGACCGACUCCCCCCCUGCGGCCAGAUCCCCGGGCCUCACCCGGACUGUGUCGCAGCGGCAGCUGAAGGUGAAGGGUGGCCUCGAGGACGCUGCCCCCAAGGACAGCGGCGCCCUGCGGCGGGCCGGCAGCGCUCGCGCCCCCCGGAAGGGGCCCGAGUCGGCCGAGGGCCCCGGAGACAGCGCCCAGGCCCCGCCGAAGGGCCGCGGGGCCGGGGAAAUGGCCUCCUUCCGGCUGAAGGACGCCUGUCGGGGGACGCUGGGGAAGGGGCUCCAUCCCUUGUGGAAGUGAGGGGCGUCCGCGCUCCCCUCUCGCCUCCUGGGGUUCGGGUGGUGAGGACUGACUUCUGUGAAAGGCCGACCCCGAAUGUCUAUUCCACAUAAAGUCCUCCGCCGGGGCCACCUGCCAGUGCUCCUGUCACCGAAGGUGCAGCCGUGGGGCCCGCCUACCAUGCCACGCUGACUCCGGCUGGACGGACGUCCCGCCGCCAUGGGCAGGCGUCUCCGCAGCGCCCAGGAGGUGGACCAGGCGGACCCCGUCUCCCAAACAGAACACAGAGACCCGUGAACGACUCAGACGAGGAAAAUGACUUUCCUGUGUAACAAGUAAAAGAAGAUUUGGGGCCAGUUUUUAUAUAUCAAUGACUUAUUUUUUAAUAUAAAAAUUAAACGUUGUUUUAGUUGGUUCCUUUCACGGAGUGAAAUGCGUCCCAGGGGGAAAAUGGUGAAGAUGUUUUUAUCUUCCUGUGUUCCCUGGCCUCAGGGCUCCACCUGCCCACCCCGUGCAUAGCUGGCAACUGGACUUCCGCAAGCCCUUGGGUGUUCUGUGGUUGGCCCCGUCUUCCUGAAGACUUUCUUCUUUGCUCAUCUCACCCUGCUGACUUUGGUGAGGGUUUGGGUGUGGACAGGAGGGAAAGUGAGACUGGUGGACGGAAAUCGGGUGCUCCCGUGUGUUGGGACAGGCACCGUGGGCAGUGGGGCAAGUCUCCCCUGCAGGUGGGUGGCAGCCCCUGGGAGAAUGCUGAAGCUUCCAGAGUUUAGAGGUGCCAUAUCUUGAUGGAAGGUCAUCAGGGACUGUUCAGCUGAGCACAUCUUUCCCGUUGUGUUUUCUCAUUUGAGUAUCUGUUGCAAAACUGAGUGAAGGCUGCUAUGACCUGUGUUCGCUCUAGUUAACAGGGAAGAAUAAACCCUUCAGUCUCCCACUCUUUCCUUUGCUAAUGUGACCUGGAGCCUGGAGAGGAGCUCUCUCCUCUCACCUCUCUCUCUCUCUCUCUCUCGAUGAUACUUUUUAAUGUUGCUGUCUAUUGUUUGGUACAGUGGUUUUAAAUCCUGAGAAAAACCAGAUCAAGUUCUUAAAAACAGAGCAAAAAAAAAAAAAAAAUGAAAUUGCUUUAAGAAGAUUUUAUAUUAGGAAAUUUUUGAAAAAAAAAGUCAGGCUUCAUUCAAAAGAAAGAGGAAAACAUGUACUAUUUCUACUCAGUGCCUGUUCACUACUUCCCUUUAACUAAUUGGGAAAUGGGGGAAUUCUUGAAACUUUUUUGUUAUUUAAAAAUUGCCCCCCCCCCUUUUUCACUUUUGAUCACUUGUUAGUGAAACUUUGUUUCAGAUCUGACAGCAGUAGGUGGAUUUUGGCAAAUAUAAUGUAUUUGUGUUGAAUCCAUCAGGUCGAUGUUACAGUCUCCCUCCUGUAGAAUGUUGCCUUCCAUUCAAAUUAAUUGGAAACUCUGAGCUUCCAUAAGUUAGCUAAAUUGAAAAGGUAAACUUCAUGGUUGAAGAAGUAAGGCACUUGACCACAAAACCUCUUGUAAAAGCAGCCCUCAGUACGUAUUUCCAGUGCUCCACAAAGAUGAAUCCUGAGCCAUUUUUCACCAUCUCAAAAAGCCUUAAAAAUCAUGUAUUUAACCAUGCAGACAAAAAUGUUCAAACCAUAGGGCCUGUGAAAGAGGUCAAAAGUUUGUGGAUUUGUGGGUAGUGCCAGGGUCGGGACCCCUUGGCGGGACCCUAGAAACGGGGGUCAGAGUCCCUGUUCCAUCACUGAUGCUGUGUGGUUUUGGCAAGUCACUCCCUCUUCUUAAUCCUUUGUUUCCCAGUCUGCAGAAGUAGGGGCAUGGCCUCGAUCAUGGUCUUCAAGGGUCCUUCAAACUCCAAGAGUCCAAGUCAUCAUGGAAAACCAAGGACCCAUGUCUGCCCUGAGAUCAGCUUCCAGAACUAACCCCCAGCAUCUCUACAGCAGAGGUCUCACAUAAAGGGCCGCUCAGAAGAAAGCACCUUCAGAAUGAGUUGUUGCUUUGAUAUCUAAUAAGCUGAGUUUCCUGAGAAGUGGUGUUUUGCUUAGCCCUAUGGACAACUUGUAUGCAUCUGUGUGAACAGGUGAUCAUUCUAUUACCUUUUAUUGGUAAUAAGCUUGGAAAAAUAAUUUAAAUAUAUAAUGCAGAACUGUAAAUAAGUUUCUAUAUAAAUUUAAGAUAAACUGAAUGUAUUUAAAGGUCCAUUUAUAUGUUCUUUUAUGUAAUGUGUAGUUUAAUAAAGU